UAGUUGAUAUGCAAGAAUCGCUUCGUAACGAGGUUAUUGAUAUUAUUCCAAACGUGCAAUCAAUUGUCAAAACUUGUCACGAAAAAGAGAUUCCCGUUUUUUGGACACAACAUGGUCACAGAAAUCUCCAAUUUGAUGGAGGUGCUGUGGGACGAUGGUGGGGAGAAGGUAGUAUAAGAUGGGGCUCUGAAGAAUGGAAAAUUUUGAGAGAAUUGCAGCCGUUCAUUUCGCGAUCUUCAACCUCAAGUGAUACCCUUGACUUCGUUAUCAAAAACAAGACUCGUUAUAAUGCUUUUUUUAAAACCGAACUUGAUUCCUUACUCAUUUCUCUUGGUAUUGAGACACUCAUAAUCGCUGGUGCAGAGACAAAUUUAUGUUGUGAAGCAACUGCAAGAAGUAAGUACAUUUUAAUGAAUUAUGGAGGAAGGUUAAGGAUGAUUAAUGGUAUUAUUCCACAAUAUAUGAUUCGGUCUGUACGAGAAGUGGUAUGUGGUUUUGACCAUGAUUAUAAUAUUAUUUUCCUUAAAGAUGCAACUGCCACUGAGAACAAAGAGAUGCACAAGGCAACUUUGCGCAAUUUAAAAUAUGGAGUGGCCAAAAUCUCUACUGUUACUGAGGUUAUUGAAUGGCUUGACAAACGUUAA